CUGGAUCAUAUUCAAUAUAUAUUUGGUUUCCUUGAAACAUGGGUGGGUAAAUCCAAUGGACCUUCAGACAUAGUUUUUUUUGGUGCUACUCUGGCGCAGAGUGGAGGAAAGGUAUCAAUCGCUAUUUCUCCCUCACGGAGCAGUCCUCGAGGGAAUUGAAGCCCGGCUCAAAGAUGGUGUUCCAUGGCGUGGCCACGUGCUGGACACAUGAAUCCUAUGUUUUUUGGUACCAGUUUCCCUGGAUCUUUAACAUGUCACAAAAAACCAGGUCUGGACUCGAAGCUCGUGAAAUUGAAGCAGCCGGGCGAACCUUUUUGGAGUCCUAUCAGAACUUGAACCGCAUGUCUAUCAGGAGAUCUGAGCUCUGCUGGACCAUGAUCCCCAAGUGGCAUGCCAUGGCAGAGAUGUUGCAAACGGUAGUCCGUGAACAACGUCUCACGGUGGCAGUGAAUUUUGCGUGAGUGCUAUCAUGAGGUUAUAUGUUUGGAAUGGACCACACUGAUUGUUUGAGGUUGCAACCCCCGUUACUAUCACACUUUCUGUGACGAGGAUAUGAUGGCAGUUCUCAAAGGUGCCAUGUCUCAUUUGGUGUGGUGCAGUUCUAAAAAGGUGCCAUGCCUCAUUUGGUGUGGUUCAUAAGUCCGGUAUUUAGUGGUUCUAAUGUUUUCUGCCAAGGUUGGUCCAAGAAGGCUGACAGCAAAGGAAAGCUGAAAACAAAGGGUGGCAAGCUCUGGGGCAUAAUCAGACUGGCAAGAUUGCGGUACUUGUCGUUGACUUGGCGUGUCCGCGAAGCGGCGCGGCGAGGUGAACGCCGAUGAGAAAUAGGAAAAAAGAACAUCUGGUGGGAACUGGGUUGAUUGUUGAGGAACCAUGUCUAAGUUAAACUUCGUCUUCGUGCCAUGUCUAAGUUAAACUUCGACAUAGAUCAAUGUCUUCAGAAACUAGCGACGUUUGAAGUUCAGGGUAUAUAUAUAUAUAUAUUC